AUGGGCAUUAUCGCUGUUGGAAUUUUCAUGUUCUCCAAGCGAAAAGGCUCUGGAAAGUUCAUGAAGAAAGCAAAAGCCAAGAAAAUUAUCCCUGCAAACGAAGAAAUUGGAGCACAUCUGAUGAUAGCUACUGAGCCCAAUGAAGCAAGAGAGGUGCCAGAGUCUCCGGAAAUUCAAGCCUUGAUGCGAUCAUUCCGACAAUGCAUUGGAGCGGAUAACGUCGGGUUGGCCUUCGAGUUUCAAGAUCUAUCUUUCGAACCGAGCCCUGGAAAAAGCAUCCUCAAAGAUAUAUCCGGAGUCAUGCAUAGCGGUUCAUUCUGGGCCGUUAUGGGUGGCUCAGGGGCAGGUAAAAGUACCUUCUUGAACGUGCUUAUGGGAAAAACGCGACACACCGGCGGCUCAGUCCUGGUAAACGGGCAUCAAGAGAAGAUGAACAAGUAUAAGAAAUUAAUAGGCUAUGUUCCUCAAGACGACAUCGUGUUGCCGGAAUUGACAGUACGGGAAAAUAUUCUUCAUUCUGCACGAAUUCGGCUCCCGAGCAAUUGGAAGGAUGACCAGAUCCAAGAGCACGUCGAUACUCUCAUCGCCUGUCUAGGUCUAUCUCAUGUUUCCGACUCCUUAGUAGGAGACACUCGGAAACCUGUCAUCUCAGGUGGUCAAAGAAAACGUGUCAGCAUAGGUCUGGAGCUUGCUGCAGCCCCGAUGGCUCUAUUCUUGGACGAGCCAACUUCAGGGCUCGAUGCAACCUCUGCAGCAUCUGUGAUGGGACUGCUGAGGUCAAUUUCUCGCCUUGGCGUAACUACAAUCGCUAUCAUUCAUCAACCGCGACAAGAGGUAUUUGAAUCUAUCGAUAACCUCCUUCUGCUAGGCAAUGGACAACAAAUAUAUGCGGGAGAAACCAAAGAUGUGACAGGAUAUUUCCACAAGCUCCAUUUCGCCUUUCCCCAGAAUAGAAAUCCUGCGGAUGUACUGAUGGAUAUUGCAACCGGUAGUGGUCAGCAGUACAGUGAAGAUUUGUCGUGGAGAGAGGAUAGCGUUCAACGUCUACUUGAUAGCUGGCGAAGACAUUCAUCGGAGAUCAACUCUGAGGAUGAGAAAGGUGAUGUGAUCAACAAUGCUGUCAAACCGGUUACUGAAGUCCGGGUUACGGCAUCGACCUUAGCACAGCAAGACUCCCUGAAGCACUCCAUCGACAAACGCGGAUCACCUUUCUUCUCACAGGUCUGGUUCUGCUUCAAUCGAGCCAUGCUCCAGCAGCUUCGAAACACUGGGUCUUUCUUCUUCGAAGUGGGGGUUGGUGCGCUGGCCGGUGCUGUGAUCGGGCUAUCUGCAUUCUCUGCGAAUGGUCAGCUGUUCAAAGGCAUAUACCAUUUCCCCUUCACAGCGCUCUCUAGCGCUGUAGACUAUCAAUCUGCCAUCCAGAUCGGGCUUCUAGGAGGCCUUGCUAUUGGUAUGAGCAAGAAAUACAAAUCCAAUCUGAACUUAAAAUAUGCUGACGCGUAUCCAGGUCUAGCAGCGAGUGCGGCAGGAGUCAAAGUUUUCGGUGAUGAAAAACAAAUUUACUGGCGGGAGGCCGCAGCAGGACACAAUCGAUAUGCAUACUACAUUGGCAAAGUGCUGUCGACGUUUAUCAGGAUGACGCUGUCAUGCCUCCACUUCAGCGUCUUCCUCGGCGUGCUGGCCACACCACUCAUGUCAUUUUCGAGCAUUUUCGCCUCCAACAUACUGUAUUUCUACUGCAUCUAUGGCUUCUCCAGCUGCAUCAGCAUGGCUACAAAGCGAGAAGACGGGCCCUUGUUGGCAGUCAUGGGGAGUUUGAUUCUGGGUAUCCUUGGAGGGGCGGCGCCGCCACUGAGCAAAGUCAAAUCGUGGCAUAUGGCUUGGUUAUGGAGAAUGUCACCUGGUACAUGGUUCACAGAGAUAUGGUUCACGCAAAACGUGGCGCCGCUGGACUACCUUUAUAUCACGGAUCUUGCGGCCGAAGCGACUGGGUUCAGUUUCAACCAUGUUGCAUUGGACAUGGGGUAUGGUUUCCCACAACUGGCUGGCGGAAAUACACUGACACUUUUGUAG